AUGUUUGCAAUGCCAUUUAUUCUACUAAACCAAUACAAGAAUAACAUGCUAGAGGAGAGAAAAAUAAAAAUCGAAUGGGAGUUUACGAAAAAGCAAGAAAUUAGUUAUCAUGAUCGGUUUAUUCCAACCCAUGAUGCGACUAUUUUCGAUACUUAUGUUGCUGAUAUUCAAGUUGAUGGAAAAACGAUCGAUCUGGCACUUUUUGAUACCGCUGGCCAAGAAGAUUACGAUCGUCUUCGUCCCUUGUCCUAUCCGGACACCAGUGUUGUUCUGAUCUGCUUCAGCGUUGAUAGUCCGGUAUCAGCGACCAGUGUACUAGAAAAAUGGGUACCAGAAGUUCGUCAUUUCUGUGGGUCGUGUCCUGUGAUAUUAGUUGCUUGUAAGAAAGACCUACGAACAGAUCCGGAGGUCAUUGCAAAGUUAAAGCAGGAGGGCGAAAAACCGGUGACAAGUGAAACAGGACGAGAAAUUGCUGCACGAAUCAAAGCAGAUGCUUACAUGGAAUGUUCAGCGAAGACACGCGACGGUGUUCAAGAUCUCUUUGUACAUGCCGCUCGACUAUCACUAAAACAGCGAUCUAGUAGAUCCUCUGCUAGACGGUGUGUUUUGUAUUGA